AAGCGACAUGGUGGUGGCUGAGAAAGGAGGCAUUAGCAUCGUGACAUCCCCCUAUCAGCUCCACUUCACAAAAACCCCAAUGUUCUUCAAGCCAGGGAUGCCCUAUGGACUGAUGGUAUAUGUCACCAACCCUGAUGGUUCUCCAGCUCCCCAGGUCCCUGUAGUAUCUGAACCCAUUCAGGCUGAGGCAACCACCCAGAAUGAUGGGACUGCCAAGCUGAUCCUGAACACACCAGCAAACAGCAACGAGCUAAGAAUCACUGUAAAAACCAGAAAAGAGGAGCUCCCAGCUGAACGCCAGGCAACCAGGACCAUGGUGGCAACAGCCUACCAAACCCAGGGAGGAUCUGGGAACUAUCUCCAUUUAGCAAUCACAGCUACUGAGCUCAAGGCUGGGGAUGACUUGCCUAUCAACUUCAACGUGAGAAGCAACAAUCAAAAUGUGCUGAACCAGGAAGGAGAUUUCACCUACAUAGUAAGUGAUGUAGCCCUGGGCAAAAUGGAAAAUCCAUGGGUCAUAUUCUUAUUUGCUUGUUGACUUUGCAUUUGUUUU